CUCAUCUAGGCUUCUCAGGCAAGAAGCACCAUGAAGGCCAUCGUCAGCAUUGCUGUCGCUCUGACGCUUGUCGCCCAGUGCGGCUUCGCCCAAUGCGGUCCUUGUACAGUCCCUUUUAUAUGUCCACUAAAAACAGAAAAGGACAGCCCACCUGUUAUUACUUUUCCUCUGGAGACGUUGUCAUCCCGGCAGCGGCACUGGCCCAAUCCGCCCAGUCCAUUUCCAGAGCCGGGGCCCAAUCCAUUGCCCAAUCCAUUGCCCCUAUCAUGGCCAUUUCCUGGACCUUGGCUUCGGCCUGAGCCAAUCCAGUACACUGUACAAGGUUCGUAGAGCUUUAACCAUAAUAUGAAUCUUGUGUCAAACAAUUUUU